CAAAUGGACCAAUAAUUAUGCACGAUUAGAAACGAAAUGCACGAAAGAUGAUAUAGAAGUACUUUUAAUUGAUUAGAUUAUUGCUUUGGCUCCAAUUGUAUUGUAAAAAAGAUAGCGAUAGAAAAAGCUGAUUUUGGAUUCGAGAACAAAAAAUGAGGCUGAAUUGUAUCGCUGUGAUAUGUGUGCAAGUGGCUAUUUUCUGCAUGUCGGUGGCCUUGUACAUGUACACACAAUCAACUUACCGAUCCAAACAACCGACUUCGACUAAUGGUAGCAUCGGCCACGUGUCGAGCGGUUCAAACCUCGCACCUUCUGUUGGAUUAGAUACAACCGCUGUUGAACGCACUCUCGUUCUCUACGCGUACCAUGAAGCCAGAGACAGAAAAGUCAACUUACAAUUCUUCCUUGAUUUUGCGAUAAAGAAAGACAAGAACAACUCGAAUAUUGAUUACGCCAUCAUAGUGAAUGGGUUCAAUUGCUCGGCUGAUAUUCCAGCAAUGAGUAACGUACACGUGAUCAGAAGGGAAAACACUGGGUUUGAUUCGUGUGCGUGGAAACAUGGUUUACGUACGAUGAAGAGUAAAAAGGGGGAAAAAUGGUACAAAUAUGUAUUUUUCAUGAACACAUCAGUACGUGGGCCUUUCCUACCUGUAUACGCAGUAGACCAACACUGGACUUCAAUAUUCACCAAAUACUUUUCAGAUGAUGUCAAAUUAGUUGGAACAACUGUUUGGUGCCCACAUCAUACUCAACCAACCUUCAAGCUACAUCUACAAUCCAUGUUUUUGGUGACUGACCUAACUGGACUUAAAAUCCUUGAGCCCAUGCUUCAAUGUGACCACGAGAACAAACAGUCUGCAAUUGAUAAUUUUGAAGUCAAACUGACGUAUGCGUUUAUCGAAAAGGGGUAUAACGUCGCAUCUAUGUUAAAACGCUGGGAAGGCCAUGAUUUCAGAGACAAGGAAAAAACACACAAAAAGUGCCAACAUGACGUCAGAGGAAAGCAUAAAGUUGGAUUUCCAUUGCCGGGUCCCCGACCAGCAACAAGGCCAUGUGAAAAGAAAGAAGAUUGUAAAGCUGGCAAGGAGUGUGUAAGGGACGAUCGGCCGUUGGAUGGAACGGAUCCUUCUCUACCGAUUAAGGGGUGGUGUGUAGAGAAAAUGAAAAUCGAGAAGCUUGUAAAACAUGGAAAAGAUACAGCUGGUCGGUCAAACUUACAAAUAUCUAAAUCAGAAGAUGUGGACGUGAGAAGCAUAAAAAAUCCGCAGAAAGGACACUUGACCUCACAUGAGAUAAUUCCGUAUAUAAAAAGUCAAAUCACAAGUACAGUUGAUACAAAAUUACCAGGCAAACCUACAAAAGAUGCGAAACGUCCAAACAAGAAUACGAUGGAUGUUCACUUGCCAGCAAUAUAUACAAGAUAUCCCCAUCGUACUAACAACUACACUAAUAAUAGAAUGCGCCCAAACAAAAAUGAAUUAGACAUAACUUUGCCAAAGAAAUAUGAAAUCGUUAAACUGUCAAACAAGAAAGGUAUAAAAAGUCCGAAAAAAGCAAUGUUCGACAUAAAAUUACCAAAGAAAUAUGCUUUAAUUAAACGUCCUAACAAAUAUGAAAGAUGCAGAAACAAAUGUAAGAAAGACAAAACACGUUCAAGGGAACAGUCAAAAGUUAGAAAGUGCGCGAAGAAAUUUCCAACAGGUAAGAAAUAUUCAAAGGAUAGAAAACGUCCAAAAAAAUAUAAAAAAGAUAUGAAACGUACAAAGAAAUAUACAAAAUAUAGAAAACGUCCAAAGAAAUAUACAAAAGAUGAAAAACGUCCAAAGAAAUAUACAACGGAUAGAAAACGUCCAAAGAAAUAUACAAAAGAUAGAAAACGUCCAAAGAAAUAUACGAAAGAUAGAAAACGUCCAAAGAAAUAUACAAAGGAUAGAAAACGUCCAAAGAAAUAUACGAAAGAUAUGAAACGUACAAAGAAAUAUACAAAAGAUAGAAAACGUCCAAAGAAAUAUGUAACGGAUAGAAAACGUCCAAAGAAAUAUACAAAAGAUAGAAAACGUCCAAAAAAAUAUACGAUAGAUAGAAAACGUCCAAAGAAAUAUACAAAGGAUAGAAAACGUCCAAAGAAAAAUACGAAAGAUAGAAAAUGUCCAAAAAAAUAUAAAAAGGAUAGAAAACGUCCAAAGAAAUAUACGAAAGAUAGAAAACGUCCAAAGAAAUAUACAAAGGAUAUAAAACGUCCAAAGAAAUAUACGAAAGAUAUGAUACGUCCAAAGAAAUAUACGAAAGAUAGAAAACGUCCAAAGAAAUAUACAAAAGAUAGAAAACGUCCAAAGAAAUAUACGAAAGAUAGAAAACGUCCAAAGAAAUAUACGAAAGAUAGAAAACGUCCAAAGAAAUAUACAAAGGAUAGAAAACGUCCAAAGAAAUAUAGAAAAGAUAGACAACGUCCAAAGAAAUAUACAAUUGCGAAAGAUAGAAAACGUCCAAAGAAAUAUACAAAAGAUAGGAAACGUCUGAACAAAUAUACAAAAGAUAGAAAACGUCUGAAGAAAUAUACAAAAGAUAUAAAACGUCCAAAGAAAUAUACAAAAGAUAGGACACGUCCAAAGAAAUAUACAAAAGAUAGAAAACGUCUGAAGAAAUAUAUAAAAGAUAGAAAACGCCCAAAGAAAUAUGCAAAGGAUAGAAAACGUCCAAAGAAGUUUAAAAAAGACAAAAAACAUUCAAAGAAAUAUACUAAAGACCGAAAACCUCCCGGGAAAUACACAAAAGAGAGGAAACGUACAAAUAAAUAUACAAAAGAUGGGAAACGGAACAAGAGAGACAUGAAUAUGGUGGAUGCAAUACAUGGAACCUUUAUCGGACAAGAGUCGUACAUUUAA